AUGUUGGCCGAUUGUCUCUGCCACUUCUUUGCAUUUGGCAUUUCCUAUGAAUCAUUUGAGCUGUUUUUGCGAGUGCUGUGUCAUCAUUUGGCUGUCGAUAAGCUGGCUUAUGUGGAGCCGCUGCAUGGCAAAUACUUCGCUCAAGUCGGUGAUGUCGUCGUAGGGGUGGUUCAGAAGAUUGGUGGAAACUGCUGGUACAUCGACAUAGGUUCAUCAAUGCGUGUACAGCUGUCGAUCCUGCAGGUGAACACCGAGGAACUUGCAAACCGGCGGAAAUUGGAAGAAGAUGUCUACGAAAUGCGGAAUAUUUUCGACAUCGGCGAUGUCAUAUCGUGCGAAGUACAGCGUGUGUCGCAAAACGGCACUGUUUUGCUGCAGACGCGUACCAGCAAAUAUGGCCGGUUGAGCAAUGGCAUCUUGGUCAAAGUGAAACCGAACCUGAUGCUACGCCAGAGCAGGCACAUGCAUGACCUCCCAUUUGGAGCUAGCCUGAUAUUGGGAUGCAAUGGUUUCAUAUGGCUGUCGCCUUCGGAUGAGCGUAAUGACACCACUGUCAAGGCACAAAUGUACUACGAUAUCUGCACGCUUCGCCGUAUAAUAUUAUAUCUAGCUGGUCUAGGUAUUCAAAUCAGCUACACAAUUAUGUGUGACAUCUUCGACUUUUUUAAACGGCAUUGCCCCAGCGAUAGCACUCUGUCGAAGGAGUACGCUGCGCAGUUGGUGGAGUUGUAUCUAUCCGAGAAUAGCAAGUAG